AAGAAGGGCACAACACAGGAGAAUCAAAAAGGAGACGAAGAAAAAGGCAGAGGACGAAGACGAACACGGGGGGAGCAGCGGAACCACCAUGGCAAUGUCCAGAGCGCCUCAGCCUGAGAUGGUGUCCGAGAACAGCGCGCCUCUGCCUGAGUCGAGCCCGGCACGGAGCCUGCAGUCGCACAAUAGACAGAGUCCGGAUGAAUGAGGCUCCGCUGCACCUGGGCCGCGGACAAAAUGCGGGUCAUCUUCAUCCUAAACGCCGGUUUCGUCGCAGCUUUCUCGGCCCCCGUAGACGUGAGUCGGUGAUGUCGGCAGCGUGUAGGAUGACAGACGAGCCAGAAUCAGACAGAUCGUGCCAGUCAGUGAAAGAGUGACGAGAUCAGACCCAUUUAUCCCAUUUUAUUAUUAUUAGCAUCAUUAUUAUUAUUACUACCGGAGGAGGGACGUCGUUUUUUAGAGCAGCCUGCUCCGCAAAACCUGUUAUUACAACAUUGGCACUAGAGUUCAUGUGUAUCAGGCUCCAUGAUUAUGUAUCAGGUUAUUAUAGACCGAUAAUAGACUCCUCGUGCUUAAUCCAUUAGUAGAUUGAUUAUAUAUCGAUAAUAACAUGACUAGGUGGGAACCAGCUAUGAUCAAAGCCAAAUGAUCAACCGAGACAAUCUGGAAAUGUUUCCACGUGUUUUAACAUGACUAGCAAGCUAUGCGUUAUUCCUUGUAAUUUAUUUAUUUAUUGUAACUAUUAUUAGGCCUAUAAGUAUUAUAGCAUCAAGUAGGUAGUUUGAAAUAUAUAUUUUUUAAACAGCAGGGGUGCGUUGUUAAAACGCUUCCCCAUAUAGUUGAGAUGGAAACCGCAUAUUUAUCGCCCCAGCGGGGGGCAACCCGGCCCGAGGUCCCGGGAGCCGGGCAAACGUCAGCGGGAAAGGCGGUGGGCGGCGGUGGUGGUGGUGGUGACCUGCCCCGCUCGCCACCUCCAGCUGCUCCGCCGCCCGGCGAGGAGGUCCCGGCGAGCGGCGACGGGCGACGCUGCUCGGGCGUGAAGAAGCACCACCACAAGCACAACCUGAAGCACCGCUACGAGCUGCUGGAGACGCUGGGGAGAGGCACCUACGGGAAGGUCAAGAAGGCCAUCGAGCGGCACUCCGGCAGAGAGGUGGCAAUCAAGUCCAUUCGGAAGGAGAAGAUCAAGGAUGAGCAGGACAUGGUUCACAUUCGUAGAGAGAUCGAGAUCAUGUCGUCGCUCCGCCACCCACACAUCAUCUCUAUAUAUGAAGUGUUUGAGAACAAGGACAAGAUCGUGAUCGUGAUGGAAUAUGCCAGCAAGGGCGAGCUGUACGACUACAUCAGCGAGCGCAGGCGCCUGAGCGAGCGGGAGACGCGACACUUCUUCAGACAGAUAGUCUCCGCCGUACACCACUGCCACAAGAAUGGAGUGGUGCACAGGGAUCUAAAACUGGAAAAUGUGCUACUGGAUGAAAACUGUAAUAUUAAGAUUGCUGACUUUGGGCUGUCGAACCUCUACCACAAGGACAAGCUGCUGCAAACCUUCUGCGGGAGCCCACUCUAUGCUUCGCCAGAGAUCGUCAAUGGGAGACCGUACCGUGGACCAGAGGUGGACAGCUGGGCUCUGGGCGUGCUGUUGUACACCCUGGUCUACGGGACCAUGCCAUUCGAUGGGGGAGACCAUAAGAACCUCAUUCGCCAGAUUAGCAACGGCGAGUACAAAGAGCCCACUCAGUCCUCAGAUGCUCGUGGACUGAUCCGCUGGAUGCUGAUGGUGAACCCUGACCGCCGGGCCACAGUGGAGGACAUAGCCAAUCACUGGUGGGUAAACUGGGGCUGGAAGAACAGUGUGUGUGACUGCGAGACCCAACGUGACCACGGAGGCUCGCCCAUGCUGGCCCGCUUCAUCGACUGGCAGAAUCGCACUGAGCCACGUGGUUCUGGAGCCAAAGCUGCGGCCAUGCCCCAGCUGCUGCGCCAGAGGCCCAAAAAGUCCAAGAAGGAAAAUGUUGAAGGGGGACAGACGCACUGUGGAGCAGAGGACAAGCCGGGUCUAAAGAGACCCAAGGGCAUCCUGAAGACCAGGGUCACUGAAGAGCAGCAGGCGGCCUGUCUGGAUGGAGUGGAGUUGGGCCAGACGGCACUGCCUCAUCAAGCUGAAGGGGGAGAGGAGGCCUCAAGUCCAGACCCAGACGAAGAGGAGCCGAUUCUGGGAGGAGGCUCACCAGCGAAGAUAGUGCCCUCUCUGCCCAAGAAAGGCAUCUUGAAGAACAACCACCAGCGGGAAUCAGGGUACUACUCCUCCCCGGAGCGUAGCGAGUCCUCGGAGCUUUUAGGAGGGGCCAGUAUGUCUCUACUCGCCACCUCCCCACCCAAGAGAAUGAUGGGGAGAAAAGGCAUCUUGAAGCGAAAUGGCAAGUACUCCACCUACAGCGGGCCUCCCUCAGCAGCAGCAAUGGCCGGAGUUCAUGGCGAGCCUCCUCCAUCGACUGAUUCCGGUCUGUCACGCAGUCAGAGUCGGCCCUCCAGCAUAGUCGGGGAGGACAGCUCUGUCCUGUCCCUGUCGCCCACCUCCCUCAGCGGGGCAGAGUGGCAUCCUUCCACCCAGCACCUCCGCCCGAACAUCAGGGCAUGCGCCUCGGCUGAAAACCUGCUGCAGCUUGCCAACUUCAAGGGCUUCCAGGCAGCCCCGCCUCUCCAGGGACCCAAGUUCGGCCGCUGCGCCAAAACAAAAGGCUCCCCGGCGGACAAUGGCAGCUUCUCCUUGCUGGGGGACCUGGAGGACAUGACUCAGGUGUACCAGCAAGCCCUGGACAUCAGCGGCAACCUCACCUAACACUCGGAUGGCAGAGAGAGAAGAAGCAGAGGGAGUUAAACCUGAGUGUGUGCGUGUAUGUGUGUGCACAGAUGUAUGUGGGCGGCAUUAACGACCAGUGCGUUACUGGGAUACACCUUUUUUGGAAGCUGCGGCUUCUCGAAAUAGGACCGAAGUCUUGAAGGAAAUGAUGUACAUCUACACACACACACACACGUGUACACACUUAGGUGCACUUCUCUGGCCAGAGGAAAUUCAGUUAGGGCUUUGUGAACAGGAGAGAGGAGGAGAGGGAGCUGGCACGGGAGAAUGCCACCCAGUCUGCUUUCUCGGCCCGCCCAUAGACUUUGCUGUGUUCAACAUGUUUACAUAUUCAGCAAGAAGGCAAGUUAGAAUCACAAACGCAGCGACCAUGACACUGGUUGCCUCUCCUCGUACACCACCCAAUCUUUGAGUUUGAGUUUACAAAAGCACCUUAAAACUCACACAGAGCACAUGCUUUUGUGAUCUUUACUUCCUUUGAAAAACAAACCAGGGUCUUGUUCCAAAAAAAAAAAAAACUGACAUUGCUGAUUAUUUAUUAAUAAUGUUUUGCGUAGCUUUUUACUUUCAUGUGCUAAACUGGUGGGCGCUGGCUGUUACUGGAAGAGUCUCCAACUCCAGGUGUGGAACUGACAUAUAUAAUUAUGUUACUCGGUGAUGAGAAACAUAUAUAUACUCAGCAUAUAUAACUACGUCUGUGCAUGUAAGACACGCAGGCGAUUAUACCUUCAUAAAAGCGUAUGUCCUAUAUAUGUGUAUGAUUCUAUGGACUAUGUAGGAAGUGCCUUUUUUGAUUCAUAAUAAAAAAAAAUUAUGUAUGUCACUUCCUUAAAGUGGAGGGAAAAGCCAGGCCAACCUGUCACCAGUUGUGCUUUUUUUUUUUUUUUUCAUGUUGUUUGUGAAUGUGGAGAGACCCAGGGCCUUCGCCGCACAGCUGACUAGCUUUACUUAUGUUGUGGUUCAAAGGUCAAACUGAGACAGUUGAGAUCAAACGCUCUGGUCUCCUCCCCCCCCCCGUCCCGUCCCUUCCCGUGCCUUCACACACUCACACACAGAUAUGCCAACAUCUGCAGGCAGCCUCAGAACAACCUCCUCUGUGUUCUUUGUCAGUGUCUAAGCCCAUAGUUGGGUUUGUCAGCAGUUUAGGUUGCUUGGUCGAACACAGAUUAGCCGACAGCACCAGAGGUCUGCGGGGACUCACCUACAUGUGGUGGAGGGAGAUGGCACAGACACCAUCUCACAGUCCUGGAAUGUGCCUGGUGCUCCUUUGACCUUUCCACAUUUACAGGGCUACCUGAUCAAAUAGGAUCUUUUGUGUGAGAUUUUUUUUUUGCUACCAAAGAUAAGUUAGGUGUUUUUCCAUUGUUGGACUGGUUAAUAUUUCACCCGGAGCGUUUCAAGAAAAGCCAAGUAAGGUUUUUUUUUUUUUGCCUGCUGAUGACACAGCGCAUUCCUCAGACAAAAGGCUGGAGACAUGUCGGUGCUCGAGAUCACUAUCAGCUCCAGUCCGACUCAGCACAGGUGGGAUCUGCGGUCCGCGCUGAGCCCUCCAGCUGUGUAUACUAGACCAUUAUUCCAACCGAGCACAAUUAGCCAGCUAUUGUUUCCAUUUGUGAGUAAGAGAGCAGCAGAGCGUAGAGAUUGAUAGCUAGAGGGAGUUGAGAAAAGUGUGAAAGAGGGAUGCACGGAGUGGUGCUGUAGAUUAGAAAGGGCUUCUCCUGGAAAGCAGGAGAGGUCAAGGAGAUAGAUUUCUUUUUGGGAAAGGAUUGCACUGUAGAUGAGUAAGAGAAAAGUAAGUAGAAAGAGUAGAUGGAAAGUUUUUAUUUUAUACCAAAGAUGUGAGGAAGCUUUGACAGGAUUCAGGGGAACUAAUAUAGGGACUAAUUUGGAUUUAAAUUUCACGUGUGACACCCUGGCGGUGAAUUAAAUCACCGCCACGUUGGCUGCGAGAGGCCGGAGGCUGUUGUUCUUGAGGGUCAGUGUGUGACUUUGUGUGUCCUGCAUGGCCUUAGAAAGUGUGUUACGCUUUUAAACAGCAGUGACAAAGGGAAGUGGGAAAACGGUGACUGAAAUCCUAGAUAUCAGAUUAUGUGGAUAUAAAACCAUGCAGUGGAUGUCCCCCGAGGAAAACCGGAUCACAUGUUGAAUGUUUCAGUGGUCGGCUCGUGUGAAGGAAAGGUCCUGGGUAGUCAAAUGAAAGACCCGCUGCGUAUUAUAUUGCAUUUUAUUGCCUUUUUGUAUUGCAUUUUUAUUGUCAACUGGAUUUACAGUGAGAAAAUUAUACUAUGUUAGUAUUUUGUUUUAUUAUGCUUCUGUUUUUGAUUUUCCAAAAUAUAAGAAACUUUGUAUUGCUUUAUGUUAUGGCAGAAAAUACUUCCUUCCUCGAAGUGCUAAAAUUUCUCUCCAAAAAACCGGAAAAAUUGGCUAAACUUAAUUUCCCCUCUGUUUCGCUGUCGUUAGUGAAACCCAUUAACCACAUCCAAGUGGCAAAAACUGACUUUUUGGAAUUAAAAUUUCAAAUGGAAUAGGGGAAAAUGAAAACAUAUGUAGCCAUAUGUGGACAGGUGACGCUCUGAAAAAUUGAAAAAAUUGAAUUUCAACAUCACCUCUACCAAAGCACAGGAGAUCCAAAAAGUCCCAAAUGCUGGAACAGCAUCUCGAGAAUGGAAAAAAAGUGAAGAUGAAACUUUAACUCUGCCAAACUGGAAAUGGUGCAUAUCUGUUAGUUAGCAGAAAGUCUACUCAUAGGAAAACUUGACUGGAUAUUGUUAUGACAAUAAUAAUAAGUUAGUAUUAUUAUGUUAUUUAAGUAUUAUUAUUUUCGUUAUGGCUCAUUACUUUGGUUGGCUUUGCCACACUUUUUUUCUUUCUUUCUGUUGGUGAUUCUGGACUGCCAAGGUGGAUUAAUUUGUGUGCCUUUGGUAUCUUUUAUUAUCUUUUUUUUUUUUUUUUGAUAAUGAAAAUUAUUAUCAAUGUGUUUUUAUACCUGUAUUUAUUGGUGAUCAAGCCAUUUAAUCUGUUAAGUGCUCCGUGUCAAUGCUUCGGCCAGCUUCAGGCAGUGUGUUGUGUUCAGAACAUACUUCACGCGAACACGUGUUUGUUCAAAGUUAGAGUGGUAUCAUCUCAUUGUGAAGCUAGUGGUCAAGUGUGCAUAAUAAGAAAUAAAUAGAGGUUCCUCAAAUCUUAUAAAAUGUCUUAACUCAUCCAUUUUGGGUGUAUUUCUACUCAACACAAAGCCUCUGUAGUACUGUAUCAACUCAAAUAAAUGGAUCUUGAAAGUUA